AUGGUGUUCACUGGCGCACGUGUUUGUCCGCAGGCUGCCAGAGAAAAAAAGCCAGAAGACUAUGGAGUAGACACCUUGAAGAUCACAGAUGACGACGCAGCCUUCAUCCUUGGUAAGGGUGGCAAGACCAAGGAAAAAAUCGCCCGUGUCUCGGGUGCCGACAUUGAGCUCUUCGAGCGAGAUCUUAUUUUGGAGAUCCGGGGCUCGAAGAUUCAGCGGCGCCGGGCGAAGAAGUAUUGUGAGGGAGUCAUGGCACAGAGAACUGGGCCUGUAAAUAUCACCGAGGAGUAUAACGACGAUGACUUGACCAUGCUCUUGGUCCCGCAAGAGACGGUCGGCUUCGUGACGGGUCGAGCGGGCAACUUCCUGCGCACCAUCGAAGAAGAGUGGGGAACACUCAUGUUCUUCUGCGAAGUGGGGUCUGGCCGCCGGGACAAGGACUUCGAGAAGCUGGCCAUCUUCGGCGACAUCCGUGGCCGCCGUGGAGCAGAGCUGAAGGUUUUGAGUGCCAUCGAGACGAAGAGUCCAGGCUACCUCAGCAAGAUCAAGCAUGAGGUCAUCGACCGUGACAAGGGCAAAGAUCCGGACGGCACGUGGUCGACAGACACCAUGACGUUCCAGGAUGACGAGCUCUCCUAUGCCUUGGGCAAGCAGGGCGGCACACGCAAGAAGCUCGAGCGUGCUUCAGGAUGUAUCGUGCAGUAUGUGGGUCACACCUGCCUCUUUUCUGGAUCGCGUGCCGAGCGCCGCCGAGCCAAAGACUACAUGAAGUGGCUCUUCGCCCAGCUCGAGGGCCCAGUCUACGUAGACGGCUGGGAGGAUCGCGACGACUGCUGUGUUGUGCACGUUCCUUCGGACUGCAUCGGUUACAUUACUGGCAGUCGGCGGGCCACGCUGGGCCGGAUGGAGGAAGAGUGGGGGACGCUCAUGUUCUUCAUGACGAAGGACGGAGACAAGGGAGGGCGGGGUGGUCAGGCAGAGAAGCUCAUCAUUUGUGGCAACGAGCGUGGUCGGCGAGGUGCCGAGCUGAAGUGCAUGAACGAAAUUGAGAAGAAGGCACCUGGGCAUUUCUCCAGGGGCCUCAGGGAAAAGUUCUCCGACAGCAGAGGGUUUGACACAGAUCGCAUGGCCAUCAAAGAAGAUGAGCUGAGCUAUGUCAUUGGAAAGGAAGCUGCCACACAGAAGAAAAUUGAAAAGGCUGCUGGUUGCAUCCUACAGUUCGUUGGGCGCUAUGCCUUCAUGGCCGGCAUUGGAAAGGAGCGGCGCCGCUGUAAGGAGUAUAUCGGCUGGCUGCUGCAGCAGCUCAAAGGUGCCGUGACCAUCCCGGACGUGUCAGACAGGGAGGACUGCACGGAGAUGCACAUUCCUGCGAACUGCAAAGGCUGGGUCACUGGGAACCGGGGUUCCGAGCUCCGGCGCAUGGAGCACGAGACCUCUACCUACAUGUUCAUGGCCUUGGAUGGUCGUGGUGAUGAACGGCUUUGCAUCUUCAGCCAUGAAGCAGGAUCCAAAGUCAGCAACACCGGCAGAAUGGCUGCAGAGCGGCUCGUGAAUGAGUUGGUUCAGGAGAAGCUCCGCGGAGACGAGGACCGGCGAGGCCGCUCGGACUCGCGAGGCCGGAGCCCGCCGCGACGGCGUUCUGACUCACGCCGACGCUCGCCGUCGCGGUCUCGACAUCGAUCGCCGCCGCGCCGGUCACCGUCUUACAGGGGCGGAGGGGGAGGAGGAGGAGGCGGACGCGGCCGUGACUCGCGCCCUCGCAAUGACUCCAGGCGUCGCUGA